GCUCUCGAGGAUGCGACAGGAAAGGAACAGUUAGGAACUGAUUCAGUUCAUUGUGUUGGCCACACUGGCAGUGGAGGAAGAGGUCGGGCUCUGAGCUUAGGCGCUGCCUGCGGACGGGGGUGCCCGUGGGAUGUAUUCGUGAAGGUGGCAGUAGGGAAAGAGAGCCCUGGAGGAAUCUCCGGCCAGUUUGUCCACGACAAAGACUUGGCUGAAAGGAGACUCCAAAACCAAGGUCCAGAAGACCCUUCAGAGACCAUUUAAGGCAACAGUGACCAACAAUGACUAGUAGCUCUCAAAGUGCUAAGGAUGAGAAUGAGCCUGUGAGAAGAUCAGCCCGCAUCAUGGAGAAGCAGAAACUGCUGGCCAAGAAGAAGGAGGCCAAAGAACAUCAUCAGUCGAGAGUCCAAGCCAUGAAGAAGGGAAGAGUCCAGAAGAAGAAAACUGCCCAGGAGGGAGAUGGUAAAGGCAGCGGCAGCACUCCCACUACCCAAGACGAGGUCCAGACCAGCUCCAGUGUCCAGACUGGGCCCCAUGCCAAAACUGGUCGUCCAGCCAAGACUGGUCCCCGUGCCAAGCCUGGCCCCCGUGAAAAGACUGGCAACCCAGCAAAUACUACCAGCUCACCCACCAAAAAUGGAACCCGUGCCAAAACAGUCCUCCGUGCCAAGACGGUCCAACAAGCUAAGGCCGCCCCGCCAACCAAAGCCCGCACACGUGGCAUCAUUGGCCCCCUUGGCCAGACCGUCCCUAGUGCCCAGUGCGACCCCAGUAGUAGCACUGGCUCCUUUGACCAGAGUGGCCCCAUAACCUACACCAGCUCUAAUGACUAUGCCAAUUAUACUCACUACACUGCUCCCAGCACCAAUCCCUAUGCAGACUAUGCCAGCUCCAGCAACUAUGCAGUAUCCAGCAACUACACAGUACCAAGCAACUACGCAGUACCCAGCAAUUAUCCAGUACCCAGCAACUAUGCAGUACCCAGCACCUAUACUGCUCCCAGCACCUACACAGGUUCCGGCAACUACGCAGUCCCCAGCAACUAUGCGGGCCCCAGCAGCUACACAGUUCCCAGCAACUACACUGUCUCCAACAACUAUGCGGGUCCCAGCAGCUACACAGUUCCCAGCAACUACACUGUCUCCAACAACUAUGUGGGCCCCAGCAGCUAUGCGGGUCCCAGCACCUAUACAGGUUCCAGCAGCUAUGCCGGCCCUAGCAGCUACUCAGGCCCCAGCAGCUACGCAGGCCCCAGCAGCUAUGCAGUUCCCAGCAACUUCACAGUCCCCAGCAACUAUGCUGGCCCCAGCAACUACGCAAACUACAUUGGGCCUACCAACUAUGCUUGUUCCAGCGACUACGCAGGCCCUAGCAGCUACACAGGCCGUGGUGACUAUGUAGUCCCCAAGGACUAUACCACUUCCACCAACUACACUGAGUAUGCCAGCACUAGUGCCAGCAUCUACGCAAACCCCAGUGUCUACACAGGCCCCAGCAACUAUGGAGGGCCCAGCAGCUAUGCAGGCUCCAACCUCUUCAGGGAUUAUGCUAUCCCCAACGAUUUCAUGGGCCCCAACUACUACAGUGGCCCCAACCACUAUGCCAGUACCAGUGACUAUGCCAACUAUGCCAACUAUGCCAACCGUAACGACUACGUCAACUAUGCUGGCCUCAAAGACUAUGCACAGUACACCCGCCCCAGUGACUACGCCAUCCCCAGCAACUACACCAGCUUCAGCAACUACACUGGCCCCAGUGCUUACACAGGCCCCAAACACUACGAAAUCUACGCUGCCCCCAGCGACACCACUGGCCCUACUGACACCACUGGCCCUACUGACACCACUGGCCCUACUGACACCACUGGCCCCACUGACAUCACUGGCCCUACCGACAACACUGGCUCCACUGACACCACUGGCCCCAGUGACACCACUGGUCCCACCGACAACAGUAACCCCACCAACACCACUGGUCCCACCGACAACAGUGGCCCCACUGACAACACUGGUCCCACCGACAACACUGGCUCCACUGACAACACUGGCUCCACCGACAAUACUAGCUCAAACACAGCACAAGAAGCUGUGAAGCUCCCACAAGACAAGAAAGGAAUGAAGAAGAAUGAAGAGCAAGAGAGUCCAAAUCUGACCGGAGAAGACCUCUGCAACUGCCUGGACAUCCGUUGCCCGGGCUGCUUCUACCCAUGUUCUGAGUGCCAGUCCACCAAGUGUGGGACCAACUGCCGCCUCCGCCGGAAAUGGGUCUACGAGGCCAUUGUCAACGAGGAUAAAGAUUUGCUCAGCACCUUUCCAGUUUUCCAGGCUAAGUUUUAAGAGGAGUCGGGGUUCUCCGGCGACUCCCCUGUGUGUCUCUGUUCUACACACCUUCUGCAGCAGAAAACUGAAGAUGGUGAUGAAGUUCCAGAACAGAAGAAAAUAUGUUGUUCCAGUUAUAGCAGAUAAAAAAAGAAUAAAAAAAUGUUUGUGAAGUGCA